UACGUCAUCUACACGCGCCAUAUUUUUGUUGUUUGCCAAGCUUUCAGAAAUUUUGUUUUGGAACGCAAAUAAAUAAUGCCUCCAAAGAAUAAGCAGAAGAAAGUGAUUCAUCAAGAUGAACUGCGUCGGUUGAUGAGAGAGAAACAAAAGCAAACGAUAGAUAAGAAGCGUGUCGAAUCCCCUUAUGCCAAGUACAACAGUCUCGAUCAUCUUAGCUGCGUACUCUGCAACGAGCGGGUAAAGAAUGAAAUAUUGUGGCCGACUCACGUUCUUGGAAAACAGCAUAAGGAGAAAGUUGCCGAGCUCAAGGGGUCUAAACAAAGUUCAACAGGUCACGGACCCCAGCCCCCGCUGAAAAGGAAAGCAUUGGAUUCUGAAGACACGAAUGGGAAAAAGUCUAAACCUGUGGCAGGUAACGAGCAGGCAUCUACGUCGUCAGGGCUGCCUGAUGUUUUCUUUGCGAAACCUGCCCCUCCUGGACCGAAGAAACUAACUGGAAUUUUGAAAAAAACAUCUGCUGGACUGAGUCUUCUGGCCGGAGUCUAUAAUGAAGACGAAGAGGAGGCUGGUGACUCUUCUGACCUUGGGGCAGCCUCCAGCUCGGGUGUGCAGAAGGGGACACCUGCCCCAGGACUCCCAGCUGAUUUCUUUGACAACGGCACCAUUCCAGCUGUCCCAGCUGCCUCUCAUUCCGGGUCUAUCCUCAAACCAGAUGAAACUGAGAAGAGUGUGGAGAAGAAGGAAAAUACACCUGAAGCACUACCAGAAGGCUUCUUUGACGACCCAGUGAGAGAUGCCAAAGUCCGCAAUGUUGACGCUCCAAAAGAUCAAAUGGAUAAGGAGUGGGAAGAGUUCCAAAAGGAAAUGCGGCAGGUGAACACUAAAUCAGAGGCCAUUGUAGCCGAGGAUGACGAGGAGGGACGUUUUGAGCGUCAGAUUGAUGAAAUCGAUGAGCAAAUCGAAUGUUACCGGAGGGUUGAGGUAUUGAGAGAUAAGCAAGAUGUGGUGAAGAAGGUUGUGAAGGAGAAGACCGAAGACCAGGAAGACUCCAGGGGAAGCGAUGAGGAGGAUGAAGAAGAGCUGCUCCACUUGCUGUCAAGAGACUGGAGGGCUAAAGGGGCCCUUGCUUAAAAUUUCUGGGUCCUUUUGACCCGAAUAGGGUCAAUGUUUCUCCAGAUUGUAAAUAAAAUAGCAAAGUUGCAAAGGAGCCAGCUUCUUUCCUCUGUCAAUGACAAACCUUUGUUGAGGAUUUUGAAUGUCUAAGUGUUGUCUUGUACAGUUAUGUCUACAGUACCAGUCAAAUGUUUGGACACAGCUAUUCAUGCAAGGGUUUUUCUUUAUUUUUUUACUAUCUUCUACAUUGUAGAAUAAUAGUGAAGACAUCCUAACUAUGAAAUAACACAUGGAAUC